GACCCCUCUCCCUCAGUCACACAUGCUGCUUUCUCAUGCUGCAAACGUGAAAUUCUCUUGCUUCACACCAGUCUCUUGAGAGCAGUUUGAGAAAGUCUUGUUCUAGUUCUUACAUUUGCUUCCAGGGAAGAUCUUCCAGGUGGCCUUCACUUGACUUAAUAGGUUUUUUUUAUACUUACACAGGCACAGCUCCUUGGCGGGUAGAAGUGCUGACCUGCCAUGUUUCUGGUUCUGGUAGUGACAGAUGAAUUGAGGCAGUUCCUGGCCAGGGCAAGGAAUGGGACUGGCCGUCUCAUCCAGGUGCUGAUCCGAGACGAGCAGUUGGUUCUGGGUGCGUACCGUGAGCCGUCUCAGUCCUGGGAUAAAGAUUAUGACCACUUCCUGCUUCCUCUACUUGAUCCCCAAGAGCCUUGCUACAUUUUGUAUCGUCUUGACUCCCACAAUGCACAGGGAUAUGAGUGGAUCUUUCUUUCUUGGUCACCUGACCAGUCUCCAACCAGACAGAAGAUGCUGUAUGCUGCCACUCGUGCAACAGUGAAGAAAGAAUUUGGUGGAGGGCACGUAAAAGAUGAGCUCUUUGGCAAUGUGGUGGAAGAUGUUUGUCUUCAGGGUUACCUUCGUCAUGUAUCAUCGGGCUCCAGUCCUGCUCCUCUUACACACGCUGAGCAGGAGCUGCAGAGAAUCAAAACCACAGAGUGCAAAGUUAAGCAGGUAAUUACAGAGAUGAGUGGAGACACUAAGCCUCAGACUUUACAGGGCUUGGCCUUUCCACUCCAGGCAGAGGUUAAACAAGCUUUCCAGCAACUCGCAAAGAAACACAUUAACUACAUCCAACUGAGGCUGGACAUUGAGAAAGAGACUAUUGAGCUGGUGCACACUCAGCCCACAGAGACACAUGAUCUUUGCAGCAGGAUCCCAACAGACACACCACGCUAUCACUUCUUCCUCUAUAAGCACUUGCACGAGGGAGUCUACCUAGAGUGUGUUGUGUUCAUCUACUCGAUGCCAGGCUACCGCUGCAGUGUUAAGGAGAGGAUGCUGUAUUCCAGCUGCAAGAGUCGGCUGCUGGAGGAGGUGGAGCAGGACUACUAUAUAAAAGUGGUCAAAAAGUUGGAGAUAGACAGCGGGGAUGAGUUGACGGAGCAGUACUUGUAUGAGGAAAUCCACCCUAAGCAGCAUGUUCACAAGGAGGCAUUUGCCAAACCUCGUGGUCCUGCAGGGAAAAGAGGACACAAACGGCUGAUUAAAGGAGUGGGAGAGAAUGGUGUGAACAGCUAGAGAGGAGAGAACGUGGCAAACAGGUCCCUGCUUUUCCUUCCAAGAAUCUGAGGCUUUUGCUGUGUUAAGGCAUGACAGGAUGAAAGAGGCUGAAAUGUGGUCUCCAGCUGUUUUUAUUCUAAUUGAUCGUGAUGGGG